AUGAAGAGGUUAUAUUACUUCAUAAUGCUUCCUAUACUUUUUGUAAGAUCGAGAACAUUUCCGUAUUUUCAAUUCAGUGAUAUGUUUUACGUUGUUGAUGUCCAUUCAGAUGUGGAAUGUAUUCCGACUGCUCAUUUGAAAGAUUAUUUGUACUACGGCAAUGCAUCAACCUAUAUUUCUCGAUCAUUGUUGAUGACCGACACUCCGAUAUCAGUGAUGAAAUCAAUAUCAUCAUUGUCGGGUCGAUGUGAAAUUUGGAGAAGUGCGGUCAGUGCUAUGACUCUGCGGGCAGUAAAUAAUAGCAUCAAAGAUUAUUGGAUAUAUCCAGAUGAGUUCAUGAAUCACAACAAUUGUCGGAAUUUUGAUUUAACACUGCGAAAUAAUGAUAACAAUCGCCAUUUAGCCGUACUCAUGAACAUAAUCAAAUCUAAUGCAUCGGCUAUAGGCCCAUGGUGCUAUGCAUACGAUUCUGCUUACUCGAAAUACUAUGUGGCACGUUGCUUUCCGGAAUGUAUUGGAAGUAACUAUCAUAAUACCACAGUUGCUUCACGUCGCACUAAAAUUCUGGCAACUACGGAUACGAAGUCGAACUAUAAUACGAAAUUGAUAGAUUCGAUUGCAGUAAACGCUUUUAGCAAAUACGAAUGGGGGCCAUCAACAUAUUAUGAUUCUAGACCGUCAAGUCUGUUACUGUCAGCUGAAUUUGAAAAAAAUCGUUACUCAAUUUUCUUCGCUAUGAUUACGAUUGGUAUAACUAUUAUGAUUUGCAGUAUUUCAUUUGUUAUUGCCCGAAACUAUAUUAAAACCAGGGAAAAAGAGAUAAAACAGGAAGAAAUACAAGGAAGCAUACCUGAAGAAGUACAAUCGAGAGCAAAGAAAUUAGCAAUAUCAGUUUCUUCUCCAGCUUUAAGUGCAGCUGAAAAGUUGAAAGAAGUAGGAACGCGUGUAUGA